AUGCAUUUAAACACCCAAUCGAUGGUAUCUACUUUCAACGAGUUCCUACUCACUGUUAAUAGCUAUCCUUUAGAUAUAGUAGCUCUAAGUGAAACCUGGCUAAAAGAUAACCCCCAGUUGAUGGAAUACGUCUCCAUACCUGGAUAUGCUACUGAAUUCCGUCAUCGGGAGGAUAUCAAAGGCGGUGGUGUCGGUGUUUAUAUAAAAGAAGAUAUCAAGUAUAAGCGUCGCCUCGACAUUGAGAAACUCCAUCCAGAGCUCGAGCAUCUGUGGCUAGGGGUCCCCGGUAGGAAUAUUCACAGCAAAGCACUUGUCGGAGUUAUGUAUAGAUCUAUCCGCAUGCUUUCUACGGCAAAGUGUUUGGAAAGUCUAGAGUCCCUGCUUAGUUAACUAACUGUCACAUGGGAUGGAAUGCUUAUCCUAACUGGAGACAUGAACAUUGACAUGCUUCAAGCUAACUUCCCACAAAGCUAACUUCCCACAAAGGGUUGCUGACACUGGAAUUAUUACCUGCUCAAUUGUCAGCGAUCAUGAUGGCAUUUACGCAAGUAUUAAUGUACGAGUCCCCAGGUUUGAAGCACGGCACAAAUAUAUACGGGAUAUUAAGUCACUCUCUAAAUGAAAGUUUAUUUAUUGAGGAUUUCUCCACUUUACCUUUGUCUGUCAUAGCUUAUUCUGAUGACCCAGACGAACAACUAGAAUCCCUAAACUCCCUGUUCGUUCAGUGUUUAGAAAGGCAUGCACUCUUGACCCCCGGCUCCAUGGAUGAAGUCUGCCAAUAUCCAAACUCUUCAAAAAGAAAGAGAUCAUUUAAGACAUAAAGCUCAUAAAAGCGACGCUGAUAACGGUGUAUGGACCGCUUUUCGACUUGUUAGAAACAACUUAAAGUCUGCAAUAAGAUCAGCACGGAAGGCAUUCAUCGAAAAAGCGCUGUCUUCUAACAAAUCACGCGAUAUAUGGAGAGUUAUGCACAGGAUUCUGAAGCCAAAUCCGAAGCCUCUUCGCGUAGACCCUGACGAACUAAAUACCCAUUUUGCCACCACGGCAGAGAGAACACUCGAGGCCUCUGCUGUGUCUUUGAGUGACCUGACAAGCCUGACAGACAAUCUGCCUGAACAGAGUUCUAAUGGAGAUCAAUUUAAUCUGAAACCUGUCACCCAAGAGGAUGUCUUCAAAUGUAUACGUGCAUUACGCUCAGAUUGUUCCACUGGUGUUGAUAAUAUUCCAGCCAGAUUCGUCAAGUUGGUCGCUGAACAUCUUGCCUGUCCUCUAACUAGCAUAAUAAACAAAUGCAUUAGCAACGCAUAUUUCCCAAAGCUGUGGAAAAUAGCCAGAGUUUCCUCAAUUCCUAAAGUAGAAAACCCAACAUCCAAUGACCAGCUACGGCCAAUCUCAAUACUCCCAGUGUUAUCAAAGGUGUUUGAGAAAUUGGUUGCUGGACAAAUGUCAGAAUUCGCAGAAAGAGCUGCGCUGCUACCUGAACGCAUUUCUGGUUUCCGAAAGGGACAUUCGACAACAAGCGUCCUUUUGGGGAUACGAGACGAUAUCCGUCAUGCUAUGAAAAAAGGGGACAUUACCUUGAUGGUCCUAGCAGACUUUAGCAAAGCAUUUGACACUAUUUGUUUUAAAAGCACCAUUGAAAAGUUUUAUAAGUUGGGCUUCUCAAAGACCUUCCUGAAGUGGUUGCUGAGCUAG